AUGGUACCACCGUUAGACAUAGAGAAACACGUAAAGUACAUACAGAACUUAGAUAAGAAACAGGAUUUAUCUUACUUCCUAACUGAACAUUUAAGGAUAAAUGGAGUAUAUUGGGGUUUAACAGCUUUAUGUAUCAUGGAUGAAAAAGAAGCUUUGGAUAGGGAAGAAAUGAUUAGGUAUGUUAGAAGUUGUUGGGAUGAUGAAGUUGGAACUUAUGGUGCUCAUCCGGGACAUGAUGGACAUAUACUUGGGACUCUAUCAGCUAUACAAAUACUUGCUAUACAAGAUGCUCUGGAUCAAAUAGAUGUGAAUAGAGUCGUUUCUUUCCUCCUCUCUCUUGUCUCACCAACAGGACAAGUAUCAGGCGAUUCAUUCGGUGAAACCGACACUCGAUUCUCUUACAUCUUACUGCAAUCCCUCACACUUUUAGGCAGAAUGGAUGAUCUUCGAUCUUUACACGAUGGAAGAGGAUUACAACUCGUCGUUGAACAUAUACAAAAGUGUAUGAAUUUUGAUGGAGGUUUUGGGACUACUAUAGGUGGUGAAAGUCAUGGUGGACAAGUAUGGGUAUGUUUAGCCGCUCUAGCCCUCGCAGACAAACUCGACAUAGUCGACAAAGAUCUUACCGCUGCUUGGCUUAGCGAAAGACAAGUAGGUAGUGGAGGAUUGAAUGGUAGACCAGAGAAAUUAGAAGAUGUUUGUUAUUCAUGGUGGGACUUGGCAUCUUUAUCAAUUCUUGGGAGAUUAAAUUGGAUCGAUCGUGAUAAAUUGAUAGAUUUCAUACUUUCUGCUCAGGACUUGGAAGAUGGUGGAAUAGCCGAUCGACCGGGUGAUUGGGUAGACGUCUUUCAUACCGUCUUUGGACUUGCCGGUUUAUCUCUUGUUGGAUAUCCAGGUUUGAAAGAUAUUGAUCCUGUUUAUUGUAUGCCGUCUGAAGUGAUUGAUAAGAUGGGGUUACGAAAGACUUAUACCACUUUAUCUCGUAUGACACAUUAUCCACUCGAUCCGAUCACAUAA